CUGCCUGGGCACGUCCGCACCGACGUCCGCACCCGCGGCCGCACGGCGCCCCCAGCGCCCCCCUUGCCGCGGAGGACCGGGCCCUACGAACGCAGGCCCUCGCCGGCGGGACUACAGCAGAUUGUGGGGAAGUGAAAUCGAGGAAAGUGAAACGACACUUAGCGUGUGUGACCACUGUGGCAUAAUUGCUGCCUGCCCAGCAUGUGUAAAGUGGUGAAUGAAUGUCAGAACAGAUGACUUUAGAAAGAGCAGGAGGUUGGAACAGCUGCUGAAGCUAAUGUCCCAGGAUUCACAGCCUGACAGAAAACCAGAACCUAUGGCUUCCUUUGUUGUCUUUCAGACAACAUUCCUCUUAGCUUUGCUGUCCUUGAGGACUUACCAAAGUGAAGGAUUGACUGAACAUUUCUCAUUGACUCCUGAGUCACUGAACGUUUCCAUGAAUUCCACACUUCAGUAUUUGCAUUUACAAUGGACUGUUCAAAACCUUCCUCUUCAUCAGGAAUUAAAAAUGGUAUUUCAGAUAGAGAUCAGUAGAAUUAGAAUAUCGAACGUCAUCUGGGUGGGAAAUUACAGCUCCACUGUGAAGUGGAACCAAGUUCUCCACUGGAGCUGGGAAUCUGAGCUCCCUUUGGAAUGUGCAACACACUUUGUAAGAAUAAAAAGUAUGGUGGAUGAUGCCAAGUUUCCAGAGCUGAGUUUCUGGAGCAAGUGGAGUUCAUGGGAGGAAGUUCGUGCAAAAGAACCUCCCGGACCUAAGUCUUUGCUGAUAUUCCCUAGAGGUAAACUGGUGGAAGAAGGUUCCAAUGUCACUAUUUGUUACGUUGCUGGAAGCAAUCUAACUAAUGUACUCUGUUAUUUGAAAGAAGAACUGAUUCAUGGAGAACAACUUGAUUCAAAUGUAUUGGCAUUCAAGUUGAACAACGUCUCUUUCAUUAAUAAAUCAGGAACAACUGUCUCUUGUCAUGAGAAGAAUAACAUUGUCAGUGGCGUGGUUCUAUUUGUCUCAAAAGUCCUUGAGGAGCCCAAGGACUUUUCUUGUGAAACCCAGGACUUCAAGACUUUGAGCUGUACGUGGAAUCCUGGGGUAGACACUGUCUUGGACUGGUCUCAACAACCUUCCCAAAGUUAUACUUUAUUCGAAUCGUUUUCUGGGGAAAAGAAACGUUGUAAACACAAUAACUUAUGUAAUUGGAAAAUAACUCAAGAUUCCCAAGAAAUGUACAACUUCACGCUUGUAGCUGAAAAUUACUUAAGGAAGAGAAGUGUCAAUAUUGUUUUUAAUCUGACUCAUCGAGUUCAUCCAAAGGCUCCCUAUCAGGUCAACCUUGAAAAUGUAGGUGCCACAAAAGUCAGGAUGACUUGGAAGGUGCCUUCCCCUGGGGAUUACCACACAUUUUGGUGUCAGGUUGAGCUCCAAGAUGAAGGAAAAGUAAUACAACGGCACAAUGUGUCAGUCAAGGUGAACGGUGAGUACCUCUUCAGUGAGCUGGAGCCCAACAAGAAGUAUGAGGCCCAGGUGCGCUGUGCUGAUGGCAGCCACUUCUGGAGAUGGAGUGAAUGGACGUCUCAAACCCUCGUCACCACCGAGGCUGCUCCUUCCAAGGCUCCUGCUCUCUGGAGAAAUGUGAGAUCAGAGAAUGGAAGUCGCACUGUGACCUUAUUCUGGAAGCCACUAUCAAAAUUCCAUGCCAAUGGCAAGAUCCUCUUCUACAAUGUAGUUGUAGAAAAUCUAGACAAACCAUCCAAAUUAGAGGUCUACCCCAUCCGGGCACCAGCCAGUAGCAAAGAACUAAGCCUUGACCAGAGUUCUUACCAAAUCCACCUCACAGCCAACAACAGUGUGGGCACAUCCCCUGCCGCAGUCAUUGUCAUCUCUGAAGACUCUGGAAAAGAAGAUAUUAAAGAAGAAAGAAUUAAAGGUACAGAAAAUGGAUUCCUUAUGUCUUGGAAACCCCCAUCUGAAGACAUCAUAGGCUAUGUUGUAGAUUGGUGUGCACAUACCCAGGACCAGCUCUGUGAUUUGCAGUGGAAGAACGUAGGUCCUAAUACUACAAAUACAGUCAUCAGCUCAGAUGCUUUUAGAUCAGGAGUCCGAUACAACUUCAGAAUUUAUGGGAUAUCUACAGAAAGGACUGCUUAUUUAGUAGAGAAAAGAACAGGAUACUCCCAGGAACUGGCUCCUUCAAAGAACCCUCAAGUGGUUAUGAGUAACCUGACCUCCAGUUCCUUCAUGCUGAGCUGGACAAGUUAUCCCACAGAGUUUCAGUCUGGAUUUAUACAAGGGUACCAUGUCUACCUGAAAUCCAAAGAGAGACAGUGCCAACCAGGAUUUGAAAAGGCGGUCCUUCCAGAUGAUUCAGUAUGUUGUAAAUAUGACAUCAAAGACCCAGAACAAAAGACAUUCAUUGUGGAUAACCUACAGCCGGAAUCUUUUUAUGAGUUUUUCGUCGCUUCAUACACAAGUGGUGGCGAGGGCCCCAGUGGAAUUUUCACGAAGGUCACGACUCCAGAUGAACACUCCCACACGCUGAUCCGUAUCAUUCUGCCUGUGGCUCUGUGCCUCUUGCUCCUUUUUCUUGUGUGCUACUGGAAAAGCCAGUGGAUGAAGGAGAAGUGCUAUCCUGACAUCCCAGACCCUUACAAGAGCAGCAUCUUGUCACUGAUAAAAUCCAAGGAGAACCCUCACUUAAUAAUAAUGAAUGUCAAAGACUGCAUUCCAGAUGCUCUUGAAAUUAUAAACAAACCAGAAGUCACCAAAACACAUGUCAGCACUGGGAAGCCACUCUCCACAGAGAGUGAAUUAGCUAAACAUGCCUACCUUUACCUCCUGCCAACAGAAAAGGAGCAAUUGGGCCCUGGGCCGUGCAUUUGUUUUGAGAACUUCACUUAUAAUCAGUCAACUUCUGACUCUGGUUCCUGUGGCCAUGUCCCAGUAACCCCAAAAGACCCACCAUGUCAGCUGGGACUAUUGACCCAACCUGAGAAUUUAUUAAAUGUACUGGAAAAAAAGUACACAAAGUCCCCGGGAGAAAUCCCCGCUGGAGAAGCUGGUUUGAAUUAUGUGUCCCAGUUGGCUUCCCCACUAUGUGGAGACAAAGACAGUCUUCCAACACAUCCAACAAUGCCAGCACACUGUUCGGAGUAUAAAACGCAAAUGGCAGUGCCCCCAUGCCUUGCCUCUCCUUCUCCAACUGAGGAUGGCAGCCUGUCCUCAAUGAUCCUUUUAGGUCAAGGUGAACACUACCGUUAACCAGCACAUACCCAGUUCCUACACUAUAUAGAUGCUAAGGAGAGCACGACUGGCACUAUGCCAAUACCAUGUGCCCUGCUGGUCCGUAAUCCCAGUGAGCUGUCAUGUUUGCAGGUUGGAUUUAUAAAAGACCACUACAGUCUGGCUAGAUUAAAUGCCAGAGCUGUGGAAUUUAGCAUUCACCCUUGCAGGCUUAUACUAGAAAUGACAGGAUUACAGAGACAUGCUGGCCUUGUUGCUAUUUGUUCAGGCUUACCCUUGUCAUAGUAUACCUGAACUUGACAUAGGGACAAGCAUUAGCCCACAGACUGGUAAGUUCAGAAUUAUACAGGGUGGCUGUAGUCCUACAAGUCCCAUUUUUAGUGAGAAUGGAUCUCCAUUAAAAUUUAUCCCCAUGUUUAAUUAAUCUUAAGGGUACAGGACUAGGCCACAAAAUAUUUAUUACUAUGUAAACUUACUGUGUUUUAAUGAAAAAGUUACAAAUGUUUGAGACCAACAGAUUUUAGACUUGCCUUGAAACAACAAUUUGGAUUUCAUUGACACAAUAAAAUUAACUCUUUUGAGGCAGACCUAACCUAAUAGGUAAGACCUGUGAAUGAAACAGUAUCUUCACAAUUCUUUUGUCUAGCUUACUGCAGUAAAAGAGUAAGACUGGCAAAGAAUUCCCAACUUGGUAUAAAAGCAACAGCACUCCUGUUCAGUAGACAUCAGACUUCUUCCUUAAUCUUUCACUACCUCAGAAUAGAAAAAGAAAAAUCACUGAGUAAUAUUUACAUUUUAUCAUUCUCCUUUUUGUUCAAGAACCGUAUGAACGAACUGUUUCCAUUUAGCAUUGUUUGGACUCUGAAAUAGGUUGUCCAAGUCAAGAGAAUUCUGACUGCCUCAUUUAGAUUGCUAUUAUGCAACAAUAAAAAAUGAGACCUCAUUAUUGGCUGUCACUUAAGACAUAACUGCAAAAUGUUUUAUGGAGUGAGAACUGGUUGGUUUUUCAGUGACUUUAUCUCCUUUGAAACAAUACACUUUUCCCUCUAUAUCUGUAGGUUCUGCAAACAAAAAUAUGAUCAAAUAGUUGCAUCUGUUCUAUGUAUAGACUUUUUCCUUGUCAUUCCUGAACAAAAUUGUUUCUAUAGCAUUUACAGAAAUGACAGAAUAUGGGAGGAUAUGGUUAAGUUAUAUGCAGAUAUGACACGAUUUUAUAUAAGGGACUUAAAAGCAUUUGCAGAUUUUGGUAUGGCACAGGUCCUGGAACCAACCCCCCAAGGACACAAUGGAUGGAUGAGUGUACAUGGAAAAUAUCAGAUACCUAACAGGUAUUCAGUACAGGCUAGUUCUUUUUUCUUUCCCCUGCCAAUCAACCCCAAAUGUUUGUCACAUUUCUAAACAAGCAUUUAGAGGGGUUCCUUGUGUAUUGUGAGCUGCUGUCAGUACGGUGGAAAUCACUCUGCCUAUGUGCAUGGCUCUGUUGCUACCAAACAUCAACCCUAUAGAAAAUGUUCACGUCUCACGUGGCUUCAAAAUAGACCGAUACAAAUCAGUACUAUUCUGUUCAGCUUUUCAACCAAUUUUUUUUUUUACAUAUAACUAAGCCUUUUGCCAGAAAAGUUAUGUCCUAACACAGUACAAAACAGUGUCUUGAUUAGCCUGAUAGUUGUGAGAAAACUUUGGUCAGUAUUAUCAUCACUUACCCUAUGAAUGUUCCUUUGUUAAUUACAUCUUUCAUUUGAAAUUUGUACACAGAAAUGCCAAUGACAUUGAUUUGUAAAUGUUAUUUCACCUAUCACAAAAUUUUGAAGUUGUUUUUGCUGUUGCAUUAAACCUUGAUUAAAACAUUUAACCAUUACAUUUUUUGUUUUAUCUAUCUUGAUGAAAGUAUUACCAAUUCUGAGUCUAGCCCGUAUGUCAUCUCACAAACUUACUAAACAUGUAAAUUCCUAGGCACCACCUCAAAUCCUUAUCAGUCUUGGUAGCAUAUAACCUGGAAUCUAGUUUUCAUCAGUUCUGAAGCAUUCAGAUUCACACUACACUUUGAGAAUCACAGGCUUAAUAAAUCAGAUGAAGUCUUUCUGAAAUGUAGCAACAUUACCAACUGGAAAUGCUUGGAUACAUAACUUCUUGUUCACAUUAUCAGUAUCACCCACAGUUGUGGCUGUAAGUGUUCCUCACAAAUGUUCUCAACAACCAAAUAU